UCAAAAUCUUCCGGGCCGGAGGAGGAGUUGUUAGCCUAGGAAUGAAGGUAUUCACUUUUCUUGUGGAUUUUAAUUUCCACAGCUGACGGCACAGGAAAAGGCAACAGAAAAAGAAAAGUAAGAAGAAAGAGAGCGCGCCUAAAGGCUCGCCAAAAAUGGCGACGACGAAGCGAAACGGUGGAGCCACCAGGUCGGAGAGAACGAACCCAAGGGUUUGGCUAUACUCCGUUUUGCUCACUCUUCAAUACGGAGCCCAGCCUCUCAUCUCCAAACGCUUCACCAGACGUGAAGUAAUCGUGACUACAUCUGUUUUGACAUGCGAGUUAGCUAAGGUUGUAUGUGCCCUAAUUCUCAUGGUAAGAGAUGGAAGUUUGAAGAAAGUGUUCAGCCAGUGGACUUUGGUUGGUUCGUUGACUGCAUCCGGACUUCCUGCAGCAAUUUAUGCACUGCAAAACAGCUUGCUGCAGAUAUCAUACAAGAAUCUUGAUUCACUCACAUUUUCAAUAUUGAACCAGACAAAAAUAUUUUUUACUGCAUUCUUUACAUACAUAAUGUUGAGGCAGAAGCAAUCAAUUCAACAAAUUGGGGCUUUGUUGUUGCUGAUAAUGGCAGCUGUUCUUCUAAGCAUUGGUGAAGGCUCUAGCAAAGGCUCUAGUAGUAGUGACCCCGAGCAAAUUUUAUUUUAUGGGAUCAUUCCAGUCCUGGUUGCUUCUGUUCUCUCUGGUCUUGCUUCAGCUUUGUGUCAAUGGGCUUCUCAGGUUAAGAAACACUCGUCGUACUUGAUGACUGUAGAAAUGUCAAUUGUUGGAAGCUUAUGCUUGUUGGCCAGCACCACUAAGUCUCCAGAUGGAGAAGCUAUCAGACAGCAUGGAUACUUUUAUGGUUGGACUCCACUAACUAUGAUCCCAGUUGUAGCCAAUGCUCUUGGUGGAAUUCUUGUUGGCCUUGUCACAAGCUAUGCUGGUGGUGUGAGAAAGGGGUUUGUCAUUGUUUCUGCACUUCUUGUAACGGCCUUGCUUCAGUUCAUGUUUGAAGGGAAACCACCUUCAGUGUACUGUCUUGUGGCUCUUCCACUCGUCAUGAGCAGCAUUUCGAUAUACCAGAAAUAUCCAUAUAGAGUUAAAAAGAAGGAAUCAUAAUCACAUUGACCACAAAAGGGAAUCAUUGAACUAGCCCCAGUAGAUAGAGGUUUCUUUUGGUUUAAAAUUUAGGCAUCUCAACUAGUAGAUGGAGAAAGUACUGCUAUUUUAAAGAAGUUUCUCCAUAGCUGCCAGAUAAGGAGACGAGGGCUCAAAGCACUGCUUUGUUUUUUCUUCCCCUCAAAAUUGUAUGCAGUCUUCAUUCGACAAAAUUCAAUACUGGUUUCUAGCAAAAGGAAGAGAACAGGGUACUGAUUUGUGAUCCCUUCUGACUAUGGAUGACUUGUGUUCUUUAGAAUCUUGUCAACAUGAAUAUUUUAUUGUUGCACGUUGUGAACUUGACACGAAUGGAUUUAAUGUAGAAAACAAAACCCAUGCAAGGGUGUUUCCUCUCUCU